AGUUUAAGACAGAGCAUUGUAACAGAACGUAGACAAUCAAUCUCUUACUCGAAUCGCAAGGAAUAUAUAUAUCUAUUAAAGUGCCAGUGUAUUGAUUGGAACAGCAUGCAGUAUAUUGCGUUGGUAACGAUUUGCCUUUUGACCAGUGCACCUUAUGCAGCGCCUGUGGCGUCAAAGUAUCUAUCGGACGAAGAUUUGGCCAAGUGUCCCAAGGAUGCCGGCCAGGCGGGAGAGUGUAUCAAGAUUAUUAUGAACGAAUUGAUACCACGCAUGCGACUUGGCGAUCCCGAACUGAACAUUGACCCGUACGAUCCUUUGGUCAUAAAUCGCUUGAGUUUCCAGUACACGGUUGGACCGAUCAGUGGUAAAGUUUCGGUUAGACAUGUUAAGAUCUAUGGUUUCGGCGAGCACAAGGUCGACAAAGUGAAUGUGAAAGUGAAUGGGGAUAAGGUCAAGGUGCGAGUUGUCUCAAAUAUGCCCACAAUGAAUCUCCUUGGCGAAUACAAGUCGGAAUUGAAUGUGAACUCGCUGCAAUUAAAGCCCAAGGGUAUCUUCAAUCUAACGCUUUUUGAUGUAGAGCUUCGAGUGAUUACGAGUGGAGACAUAUACACCAAGGAUGAUCAUCAAUAUUUGCUUGUCAAUGAUAUUGAAGUGAAACCCAAAAUUCGUGACUUAAUCGCUAAAGCCGAUGGCUUCUUUGCGGAUCCCGAAUUAGACGAGAUCGCUGUAAAUAUAGCCAAUACCUACUGGCGGGACAUCUAUGGCAUUAUCUUGCCAGAGACGCGACAAUCGUGGGCUCCUAUUUUACUGCGCCUGAUCAAUCAGGCGAUGUUGCAUGUGCCCAUCGAUCACUUUAUCCAGCCAUCCCAAUGAGAUUCUAACUCCAAAGUGCUUGUUACCUACAAUAAAAUCCGCACUUACAAUUAUUUGUCAUUACUAAACAAGUUUUUCCUA